AAUGGAACCGAGUGAGCUUUUCUUUCUGUGCCUUAGUGCAUGGACGCGUGUUUUCUUUUCCUUUGAAAUUUCAUGCAUUACAAUAAAAUAAUAACCAAAUCAAUGCAACCUUUUUGAAAUGUCUCUUUCUUCUUUGGAAUCUUUUCUCUAUAAAUACUCCACCUUCCUCAUACUACACCACACUAUUCUCAUUCUCAUAAAUAUAUCAUCAAACUACAAAUUAAAAACAUCAGCUGUUAUUAUAUCUCUGCUGCUGGAUCGAUCAGCGUACUCUCUCUCUCUUUUUAUGCAAAUACGAAAGUGUUUCUUCUUCACCAAAAUCAUCAUCAAAUAUGAAGUUUGGCAAACAAUUUACUGCUCAAAUGGUUCCGGAAUGGCAACAAGCUUACAUGGAUUAUGAUUUUCUCAAAUCCCUCUUGAAGCAAAUUGACACUUUCAACAAAACGCACGCUAGAAACCAGCCCUCCAGUCAUUCCGGCCAGCUCCGGCGAACCCUCACUCUCUACAGGGCUUUUAGUGGGUUAACGCUCCGUCACAGUCAUAGCCAUGGUCACGGUCAUGGCCAUGGCCAUGGCCAUAACAGCUACCCAGCAAGCCCUGCAGGUUCACCUCAGGAUGGGGUGGAGGAGCAGGCGAUAUUGGUGAAUGCGGUGAACCGGGACGGGACGAAGAAGUAUCGGACGACGUUUUUGAUGGCGGACGAGGAAGGAGGAGAGUAUGAGUUGGUGUAUUUCAGGUCGUUGGAUAGGGAAUUCAAUAAAGUGGACAAGUUCUACAAAGCAAAAGUAGAGGAAGUUGUGAAGGAGGCAAGUGUUUUGAAUAAGCAAAUGAAUGCUUUGAUUGCUUUCAGAAUAAAAGUGGAGAAUCCAGAAGGUGUUUGGGAUUUCUCCGGUGACCGGCGGGCGGAGGAGAUGACAAGGCUGGCCACUGAUAUUGCUGUUUCAACUGCUGCUUUAUCAUCUUCUACUCCUUCUGGGGUCAGAGCUAGCAGAAGAGUUCAUAUAGCGAUGGAUUCCAUAGAAGAAGGGUCGAGCCACAAUGAGCGUAGUAGUCAUAAACCGAACAACGAAUCAUCAAAAGACGAGGAUGAAGAUGAAAAAGAAGAUCAAAAGAAGAAAUCAAAGGGUGGUGAAGAUAAUAGUGAAGGGAAAUCAAGAAAAAUGAUGGCAAAUAGACCACCUCCACUUGAACUUCUUGAUCGUGUAACAAUGAACACAACUACAGAAACCCCAAGAUCCACCAUUAAAGGCCUUCUCAAUUUCCCCAAAAAUUCUGAACUUCAGUUCAACAAAGAUAAUCUCAACAAAAUUGAGAACCAACUCAAGAAGGCCUUUGUUGUGUUUUACCACAAACUAAGACUACUUAAGAGCUUCAGCUUCUUGAAUACUUUGGCAUUUUCAAAGAUAAUGAAGAAAUAUGAUAAGAUUACAUCAAGAGAUGCUGGAAAGUCGUAUAUGAAGAUGGUGGAUAGCUCUUAUCUUGGGAGCUCUGACGAGGUUUCUAAGUUAAUGGAGAGGGUGGAAGCUGCGUUUAUAAAACAUUUUUGCAAUGCUAAUCGCACCAAAGGAAUGAACAUUUUGAGACCUAAAGCAAAGAAAGAAAGACAUAGAGUUACGUUUUCAGUUGGUUUCUUUGCUGGUUGUGCCAUAGCUCUUGUCGUCGCCCUCAUUUUUAUUACACGAGCGCGACAUAUAAUAAACAAAGAAGGCAGCACUCAGUAUAUGGAAACCAUGUUUCCGCUUUAUAGCUUGUUCGGAUUUGUUGUCUUGCACCUACUAAUGUAUGCAGCAAACAUAUACUUUUGGAGGCGAUACCAAGUGAAUUAUUCCUUCAUAUUUGGUUUCAAACAAGGCACUGAAUUGGCCUAUCGAGAGGUUCUUCUUCCCAGUUUUGCUUUGGCAACUCUUGCUUUAGCUUGUGUUCUUUCUAAUCUUGACAUGGAGAUGGACUCUGUUACCCAGUCAUAUCAAGCAGUGACUGAACUUCUGCCUUUGGUUUUGCUCCUUGUUGUGAUUGCAGUCUUCUUUUGUCCACUCAACAUCUUAUAUCGCUCUAGUCGCAUCUUCUGCAUAAGAACUUUGUACCACUGUAUAUGUGCUCCUCUCUACACGGUUAUCUUUCCCGACUUCUUCUUAGCAGAUCAGUUAACCAGCCAGGUGCAAGCACUUCGUAGCUUGGAAUUCUACAUUUGCUAUUACGGUUGGGGAGACUACAAGCAUCGACGCAAUACUUGUGGAACUAACACUGUAUUCAACACUUUCAGUUUUAUCAUAGCUGUUAUUCCAUAUUGGUCACGUCUUCUUCAGUGUCUCAGGAGAUUGUAUGAGGAGAAAGACGCAAUGCAGGGAUAUAAUGGAAUCAAGUACUUCUUGACAAUUGUAGCUGUGUGCUUAAGGACAGCUUACAGUCUGAACAAGGGAGUAAUAGCGUGGAAAGUGCUAGCCGCAAUUUUCUCAGCCCUUGCUGCCAUCAUAUGCACGUAUUGGGACAUCGCCAUUGACUGGGGUCUUCUGCAGCGCCACUCAAAAAACCGAUGGUUGAGAGACAAGCUACUUGUUGGUCACAACAGUGUAUACUAUGUUGCAAUGGUCUUGAAUGUAUUACUGAGGUUUGCUUGGCUGCAAACCGUGUUGGAUUUUCAAUUCUCCUUCCUGCAUACACAAGGUUUGAUUACAAUAGUGGCCAGCCUCGAGAUCAUUCGUCGUGGCAUAUGGAAUUUCUUCAGGUUGGAGAAUGAGCAUCUGAACAAUGUUGGGAAGUAUCGUGCAUUCAAAUCUGUACCGCUACCUUUCAACUAUGAUGAAGAUGAUGACAAAGAUGAUUAAAGUUUUUCCAGAUAGUAUUCUUUCAACAUAUACAGUUUACUUGUCAAUAAAUGUUAACAAUUUUUUUACCGAAUAUAUUCAAUAACACGCCAUUGCAAUA